AUGGCCAAACCCUCCAAGAAGGGCAAAGGCCCUAGACGCUCGCUGAAUGGCUCAGGUCUGGACGAGAAGAGCCUGGACAAGCUGACGUCUUCAAUUGACAAGAAGCUGACUUCCAACGAUCACAAGCGCAAGCAGCCCCCAACGAAGGCUGCAGGCGACCAGCACCAAAAGAGGCAGCGCAACUCCGAGGGCUCAGCCUCCGACAAGAAGGGCUCCAAGAUCGACAACAAGACUCUCCUGGAGGAAAUCAAGUCUCUGGGCGGUGAUGAGCGUGACCUGGAGCUCAUCCAGGACAUUGAUUCGGAAGAUGAAGCUUUUGUCCAGGAUUCCAAGGCCGUCGACAAGAGCUUGAAGGAUGAGCUCGCCGCGUUUUCCAAGCAGCUCGGCUUCGAAGAGGUAGAAGUGAGCGAAGCAAGCGACGACGAGGAAGAGGCUGAGGAGGCCGAGGAUGAUGAUGAAGAGGAGGGCGAUGAGGACGAGGACGAGUCUGAGGAGGACGAAGAGGAGGAGGAGACGAAAGAUGUCAUCCCCAAAAAAGUUGGCAACCUGGCUUUUGAGCCCAGGGCAGACUGGCAUGCCGCCGAGCUGCGAAAGCUGCCUGGACCGAGCGCUGAUGGGCCCAGCUCAUUCAAGGGAUCUAUUGAGGCUUUGAAGCAGUACGCACAACAGCUUUUGGAGGAGGAUGCCGCCAAGUACAGGACCAGCGUCUUUGCCUCGUCUUCUCACAAGUUCUUGUCGACAAUCAUGUCUUCGGGUACGCUUACCGACAAGGUCUCGGCUCUCACCCUCGCCGUCCAAGAAUCUCCUGUUCACAACAUCCGAGCCUUCGAUGCUCUCAUGAGCUUGGCCUCCAAGAAGAGCCGAGGUCAAGCCCUUGGUGCCAUCGGCGCGCUUGUCGAUUUGCUUGGUCCCGGUACUCUGUUACCUGCGGAUCGUCGUCUUCGUACCUUUCAAACUCAGCCUGGCUUGCUCGGCACUCUGCAGCGAACUCCUGCGGCGACUUGGACCAGCGACAAGCCUUUGCCUGGCAAGAUCACAUCUGCUCACCUAAUUGCUUGGAUCUACGAGGAUUGGCUGAAGGAGACAUAUUUCCGCAUCAUUCAACUGCUUGAGUCUUGGUGCUCGGAUGAGAUUGAUUAUUCUCGUACUCGCGCCCUCGACUUUGUCUAUGGUCUUCUCAAGGAAAAGCCUGAACAGGAGGCCAACCUUCUUCGAUUGCUGGUUAAUAAGCUCGGCGAUCGAGAUCGCAAGAUCUCUUCCCGAGCAUCAUAUCUCUUGCUUCAGAUGCAGAACUCCCAUCCUGGCAUGAAGCCAAUCAUUGUGCGAACAAUCGAACAGGAGAUUCUUCUCCAUCCUUCCCAGGACCACCGAUCCAAGUACAACGCCAUCAACACUCUCAACCAGACCAUUUUGGGCACCAAGGAGCCUGCGCUCGCCGAAACGUUGAUGCGCAUCUACUUCGAGCUCUUCACCGUUAUCCUCAAGACCGGAAGCCUGGGCAUUGCUCCUCCUACCGAACCGAAACCGGCCGAGGAGCCAGAGGAUGAGGAAGCGAUUAAGAAGAAGUUGGCCAGGAGACCUCGCAAGAGGGGUGGCAAGCCCAAUAAGCCCGUGGCCACGGAGCCCGAGACGGAGGCAGCUGAUAAGCUUGUGUCGGCCAUUUUGACUGGUGUCAACCGUGCAUCCCCCUUCAUGGUUGGCAACGAAGCUGCUAUGGAGUCACACCUUGAUACACUUUUCAAGAUUGCCCACUCGGCCAACUUCAACACAGGCAUCCAGGCCCUUCUCCUGAUCCAGCAGAUCUCAUCUUCAAAAAACCUCGCCAACGACAGAUUCUACAAGACUCUUUACGAGUCUCUUCUGGACCCAAGACUGGUUACCUCGUCGAAGCAGGCUCUCUACCUGAACCUACUCCUCCGUGCGCUCAAGAACGACGUCGACAGCCGCCGAGUCAAGGCCUUUGCCAAGCGCAUGGUUCAGAUUGCGGGCGUGCACCAGCCUGCCUUCACAUGUGGCCUCCUCUAUGUUGUUAGUCACCUGCGAGAAACAUUCCCUGACCUCUCUACUUUGUUGGAUGAGCCAGAGGAGUCCAGCUUGGACGACAAGCCUGGAAGCGAGCGACCCGUGUACGAUGGCCGAAAGCGAGACCCGGAGUAUAGCAACGCCAACCAGAGUUGCCUGUGGGAGGUUAUCCCGCUCCAAGGUCACUACCAUCCUUCGGUCACACUCUAUGCCUCAUCCAUAGUAUCGCCAAAUGAGAAGGCGCAGAAGCCUGAUCUAGACAGCCACUCGCUCAUCCGAUUCCUAGACAAGUUUGUCUACCGCAACCCCAAGGCAGCCGACGCUUCCAAGGGUGUGUCCAUCAUGCAGCCUCUGCGGGCUGCCAAGGAUCUUGGCGAUAUUUGGCUGGGAAGCCGAGGACCUGCGGCAGCUACACCUUCUGUCAACUCUGCCGCAUUCUGGAAGAAGAAGGCGGAAGAUGUUGCUGCUGAGGAUAUCUUCUUCCACGAGUACUUCCAGCAGGUUGACAGGGAGUCUAGGGAGACCAAGAAGAAGGCGCAGGCAGAGGGUGAUGGUGAGGAGAAUGACGAGCAAGAAGACGAGAUCUGGAAGGCCCUGGUGUCGACACAGCCUGGUGUUGAUCCUGAUGACGAGGGCUCGGAUGUUGGUUUCGACUUGGACGACUCGGAUAUGGCUUCUGACGCAGGAUCUUCGCCGGCUCUUUCUCUGGAUAGCGACAUGGGUGAGGACGAUGACGAAAUGAGUGUCGACAUUGAGGGAUCUGACGACGAAAUGGGUGGAGCCAUGCUCAGCGAGGACGAGGACGGAUUCGAGGUCAAGGAGGCCAAGAGCGAGAAGCCCAAGUCGAGACGCAGGCAGCUCAAGGAUCUCCCCAUGUUCGCGUCGGUGGACGAUUACGCCGAGCUCCUGGCGGGAGAGGAGGACAUGUAA